AUGGCAGGACAGGAUCAGGACAACGCAGCAAAGUGCCCCGUCGACCACUCAACCUUCACCCACUUCCUCCCCAAGGACUCUCCUUCCGCCUCUGCACUCCCCGAAGGACACCCCACCGUACCAACCUCAUCCGAUGGUGAACCCGCAAAAUGCCCCGUCUCCCCCGAAGCCCAUAAACACUUCAUGCCUCGGUCAACGCAGUCAGCCGCACCAACAGGUCUUCCUGAGGGCCACCCCACAGUGCCCAUGACAACCCCCGACGGGGAACCCACAAAAUGCCCCGUCUCGCCCGAAGCCCACAAACACUUUCUCCCACGGUCAUCUCAGUCAUCACAAGCAGGAGAAGAGGACAAGUCACUAAAGAUCGACCCAACCAACAACAUGCCCUCGAAACCAGACCAGUUCCGGAUCGCCUCCCAACGUAGAGACCUCGACACCGAGCGCGAGAUCAGUUCUAUCCCCAAGGCUGCCAACUCGCCCGACCCCUAUGGCGACAGCAAGAAAAAAGCAGCAGGAGCAACUUCGUCAGAAUCGGGAUCGGGAGCACACGCACCAGAUCCGGAUAGCGAUCAAGGCGAGGUGUGGAUCUACCCCUCGGAACAAAUGUUCUUCAAUGCCAUGAAGCGCAAGAACUGGAGCCCGCGUGAGGAGGAUAUGAAGUUUGUUGUGCCGAUUCAUAACAUGGUCAAUGAGAUGGCUUGGAAACAUAUCCUCAGAUGGGAGAAGCAGAUGGAGAAUACAUGUGGAGGACCUAAGCUGGUCAAGUUUGAAGGAAAGCCCAAGGAGAUCACACCCAAAGCACGGGUCCGCUCCUGGAUGGGAUACACGUUGCCAUUCGAUCGCCAUGACUGGAUAGUCGACCGGUGCGGAAAACAGGUUACGUACAUCAUUGACUUCUAUUCUGGACAACCCGACCCCCGGUACCCUGAGGCUCCUAGUUUCUAUUUGGAUGUGCGUCCUAAAUUGACUGCUGAGGGUGCAUGGCAGCGAUUCAAGAAGUUCAUGUUCGAUUAG